CGGAAAGGAGCCGAGGGGUGAAGCCUGGUUGCGCGCCAAAUUUGGUCUCAGUCCGUUGGUGUGUGGCUGCACUUCUUCCUGUCCGGGGGAGGGAAGGACCCUGCCUCUCCUUUACAUUCUUGUCACAAGUCCAUUACAGUUCAGUAGUGGAAGAAGAGCCAGGAUGUCGCCUUCUCUACCGCAUACAUUCGGAGAUGAGGCGUCUGUACCGCCUCCCGGGUCUGGUCUCCAAGCCGAGCUGAUCCAAGACGGAGCAACGCGAGCUUUCCUCGCUUCCUUCCUCCAGGCCGGUGGGACAUUCUCUCCCCUCAUCUCUCUGACAAGCCUUGAAUCUCAGGGCAACUGUUGUGUCGCGAACAACGACAUAGAAGAAGGAAAGGAGCUCUUCAGCAUACCAAGAGAAAUCCUCUUCAACACAACCACUUGCGAGCUAGGCAAUCUGUGUAGGCAGCAGGAGAGAGGUACAGGAAGCGAGGGUGCGGCCCAGGAGGGCGGCGAUGAGGCCAAGGGAGACAAUGAUAUGUCCCUCGAUGAGCCCGAGAGCCAGCAGACUUGGCGGACAGAGGGUUCAAAGAGAUGGGAAGAGCUCACAGGGUGGACGCCCCUGAUCCUCUCUCUCAUGUGGGCCUCCGUCCAGAUCUCUUCCUCCUCCUCCUCCAACGCGAGCUCCUCGAAAUCUUCCACCAACGCACUUUGGGCCUCUUACUUCUCCGUGAUGCCAACCGACUUCUCUCACCUGCCCAUGUUCUGGCCUCAGCAAGACUUGGCUGAGCUGCAGGGCACGAGUAUUCCGGAGCGGAUAGGCAAAGAUGAGGCGGAUGAAGAGUAUCGCGCUAAUGUGAUACCCUUCAUCAAAGCCAGACCUGGAAUCUUCUUUCCUGGCGGAGACGCUUACACCGAGGCGCAGGUGGAUGGCGAACUCCAAAAGCUCUACAGCUUAGAGCGCUUCCACAUUCAAGGGUCGAGAAUCCUCAGCCGGAGCUUCCAUGUCAAGCGCGAAGGAACCAAGGAGGUCAAUGAGGGCAGGAUGGUCGAUAUGGACGAGAGCGCCGAAGCGGGUGCGGGAGACUCGGAGGAUAGUGAUGACGAAGAUGACGAGGAGGAAAAAGAAGACACUGGGGACAUCUCCAUGGUCCCCAUGGCAGACAUGCUGAAUGCGUCGUACGACUCUGAGAAUGCUCGACUGUUCUAUACCCCUACCUCACUCUCUAUGAGAGCAGUCUGCUCGAUCAAGCGCGGCGAGCAGAUCUUGAAUACCUAUGGCGACCCUCCGAACUCGGAUCUCCUCAGGCGUUACGGACAUGUAGAUUUGAUCAAUGGAGCAGACGAAAUUGAGCUGAGUGCCAAGCUGCUGGUUGAGGGUGCUCUCAAACUACAAAGCAACGACCAGUCAACACCGCUAGAGACGCGCAGGCAAGCAUUGACGAAGCGUGUGGAGCACUGCAUAGCCAAUGCCGGCCUAGAAGAGUCCUACGUCCUCUCGUACGUCUUUCCGCCUACCCCACGCGGGCCGCUCCCGAGUCAAAUCGAAGCUCUAUCGGACGAGGACCUCUCCACUGCCAUUGAGGAGGGUCGCUGCAACUUCUUCGAGGACGAGGAGCUCCAGUCGCUCUGCCGCUCCCUCUUGAUGGACGACGACGAGUGGUGCGCAAAGUACGAAGAGAAGGGCAAAGUGCCCAAGGGCAAGAUGAGCCUGGACGUUGCGGAGCUCUUGCGCGUUUCCUGUGAUUUGCGAGAGGAAAUGUACCCCUCUGCUACUACUUCGAGUCAGAAAGGAGAGGCUCCUGCAUCGCUCAAUGCGAGGAAUGCACGUGUGGUGCGCGAGGGAGAGAAGCAAGUCUUGCGGGAGAAUAGGCAGGUGCUGGAGAGGUGGAUGGCCAUGCAGCUUCAGCGCAAAGAGGUCAAGGCAAGCGGCGGUGGAAAGGAUGGUAAGAAGAGGAAGGAGAAGAGUAGUGUCAGUGGGAGUGGAAAUGGAAACAAGAGAUCUGGAGAGGAAGAUGCGGGGAAGAGGAGGAAGCGGUAGAAUAGAGUAGACUGCAUCGCAGACAAGGAAGGCGCGACUUACACACAUUUGUACAAUAGGCUAAUCUAAACACAUCCCAUCCAAGUCAUGACACUCGCUCGCUGG